CUUCGUUGCUUUGGAAGAUCAGUGUUGGUUGGUCUAUCCGGAAGGCUACAAAGACCAGCCGGUACAAUACACUGUCAAAGAUUACGCACAAAUUAUCAUCGUUCAACCACGACCUCCGAAUUUUCCACCCUAGCCCACCGUCGACGCCAUCCUUAUCUGAUCAGGAUGGCCACAACUCUCCUGAAGAUGCUCGCCGUCGCAAGCGUUCUGGUCUCUGCCGAGACUACCUGGAGUGAGAACCUUGUCCUCGCCGACUGCGGCAUCGGUCUGGGGCCAAAUGGUGGCUCUACAUCACGCGAGAUGAUGUACUACUCUGCUGAAGCUUGGGGAGCACCAAGAUACAUGAAAAACGUACCGUGGGAUGGCUCCUACCCCUGGCGUAACAGCGGCGUGUCUCAGACCCUUCCCAACGGUGAUACAUGGACCGCGUAUAUCAACAACGGCGCUGGAGAUCCAAACUUGGCUGGAUGGGCUACUCAUACAUAUGAUAAUGUCGUUCUGACAUGCUGGAGUCGGCACUUGGAUGGGCUCUUCACACUGGCCGACGGCAAGAAGUGCAGCAUGGCGUACAUCUGCAAUCAUCAGUCAGUUCCAAAUCCGUCUCCGAAUCCGCCUCCGAAUCCACCUCCAGGCCCAAUAGGCGAAAAUGCGACUCCUGGUGCCCUCAAAUACCAACCUGUAAUCGACUUUGACCAAUCAGCCUGCUACAACACCGCAGCUAUCACCAGUGGCGGGCAUUGCAACGACGGUCUCGAAAUCGGCCAAGGUGAUUGCCGCCAGUUGGAUCGCCUGUACAACAGCAACACAUACGUUCGCGAAAAGUGCACAAACGACGGCUGGUGCUUCUACCUAUACGGUUACUACUUCGAGAAGGAUGAGGGAGGCGCUCUGGCACACGGUCACAAGCACGACUGGGAGCAUCUGGCCGUCUGGACGUUCAACAACGAGGCGAAGUACCUUGCCUGGUCGGCUCAUGGAAACUAUAAAGUCAACAAACCCAACUCGGUCGAGUGGCAGGGGAAUAAUCCCAAGUUUGUGGUGGAACGCGACAUGGCCACCACCCACGCGUUCCGCAGGGCAGAAGGAAACGAGCCGCCUGAAAAUGCAUCGGGAAAAUGGUAUCGCAGUCCGUUGGUCAGUCUAGAGAGGAUGGAUGGAACACUCAAGGAGAAGAUGUUGACUCACGACUGGGGCAACGCUCAUCCUGAUCUGACUGAUGAGCGAUUUGAUAAGGCUUACUGGUCUACUUGGGAGGCUGCGAAGGCUCUCGACCAUGUUGGACCACCCCGGCCAGAUCCUUCCCCACCACCACAUCUAGAGUUGUAAGCGUAACGUACGAGAUACUACAGUGGGGGAGUAAAAGUGACGACCAGCCUCAUAGUGCACCACAUAUUGGGGCAUUAAGGAAAUAACAAAUGCCCAGGUCCUUUUUAACAGCUUUAUUACUGGCGCUGUGUACCCGGAAUUACAAUCUUCAUGUUCUUUUAGGAUGAGAAUUAUCCUUUAGUCCAGUUAUAGUUUAACUACCUUUUUAAAAAUUUAGUUACUAUAGGAAGCUAAAGUUAUUUUUGAAGUUUACAGAUCAGUCGCCUACAUGUAUAUAUUUCGUCUCAAGCUAGGUAUUCAUUAGAAC